AUGUCUUCUCCCUCAUCCCCUCCUGUAAAUCCUUCAUCAUCGCCUGCUCUCGGUAAUCCAUCACCGCCCAAUUCCAACAACACGAAUGAAACCAAUGAUUACCAUAAAACAGAGGAGACUAACCCCAAAUUAAAACCCCAAUCCAUCCCGAAAUCUCCCUCCAUGUUCAGUAUUAUUAACAAUCAACGUUUUUCAAUUGCUUUAAAUCCUUCCGAUUUGAAACAACAACAUCAACAACAUCAGCAAGUACAGGAAGAGUUGGGAAUACUCGAUCGUGUGAGCCGACUCCAAAAAACACUUCGUGAACAACAUUUAUUUCAUCAACAAUUACGAACCGAUAUCCAAAAUGCAUGUGAUAGAAUCAAUGGAUGGAGAAUGAAUUUACCAUUAAUUAUUAAUCAUACACGAUUACAAUUUGUUGCCAUAGACAAGAAUUAUUCUUUCAUGAUGGUCGAUGAUCCGAACUUCAUGAAUAUUCUCAUCACGACAAUGGCUGCAGGCAGCAGUAAUUUAACAGCAUCAUCGGAUGAUAUACUCACUCUGGUUCCAACCAGUGCUUCUGCAACCUCUAUUGCCAAGGCAACGGGUAAAAAGCUUUUCCAAGGGUUUUUCAGCAGUAGUGGUAGCAGCAGUAGUCUUUCGGUUGGCAAUUCUCUAAAUUCAACAACAUCCAGUCUCAAUGACAAUAAUACGGCGUCGUAUGGAAGCUCUCAACAGAGCUCGUCAUUACUCAAGUUGGCCUCGGUUACUAAACCAUCAAGAAUGUUUAAAUAUCACGAUAAGGAUCAUCCUUUUUCUGUACUUAAACGGCACUAUGAAGAAUUUAUUGAAUAUAUUCGUCAUCAACCAAAACUAUUCUGUAAAAGUAUCAAGAAUUGGAUUUCAAAGCAAUUUAUUAAUCAAUUAAUUUUGCAAAGAAAAUCUCUUAAAAAUGGGAAAGUUUCAAGUCCCACAGAGACAUUGUCACCGAGUGGAUCCUCAUCCAUCACUGAAGAGUUUGAGUCUUGUGAUCGACUUGCAUUUAUAAUGAUUUAUUCAUUGUAUGGAAAUUCUGGAAAUCCAUUAGAGACAAAAUGUGUUCUAAAAUUCAUUAAGACCACAUUCCACAUUGUAUUUGAGAGUUGUUCUUCAGAAAAUCCUUUUGAAUUAUUUGAAAACAUUUUCCUGUAUCGACUUGUGUUCCUUUAUUUGAGGAGGAAAGGAAAACAUUUUAUCAAGAGUAUCAUGACAGAUCCAUUAUUUGAUUUGUUUUCAAAUGAAGAUCUCGAAGUUCCUCUUGACAUUUCACCCCUCGCAUCACAGUCAACGCAGCAAGAAAAAUCAGUACCAGAAUCAAACAAACCUUCACAGAAGGUUCCUAUUUUAUUUUUCCAAAAUACGUGUAGCGUGAAUGAUGUCUCUCCUGUUUCACCCGACUAUGUCACUAGCAGUGUCUUUAAUACACAACAACAGAUGAAACAGCAACUAAUUACACAAUCUAUGAUUGAUGCAAAUUUAUAUAAUAUAUGCACAAGAAUUCUACACAGCCUCUAUGAGAAAAUCUCAACCCUACCACCUCCGAUAUUAUUGCUGUUCAAGUACUUACUCAAAGGAUUGACGAAAAGAAACGGGCCUCAAGUUCCUCAAAAUCAGAAAAUUCAAAUGUUGAAGCGACUUCUGUUUGGCUGGUUUUUGUUGCCAGCCAUCUCUAGGCCAGAAUGCUUUGAAUUGACCGAUGUUCCAGUCGGAAGCAAGUUACAACACAAACUCAAAUCUGUCAUCCAAGUUCUGCACUACACGUCUAUGGAAAAAACCUUUGACAAAUCAUCACCCUUCUUUUAUUUGAAUGACUUUAUCAAAGGACACACGACUAAGCUCAACUCAAUGUUUGAGAACAUGUUAAAUGAUUGGUUUCAUGAGAGAAAAGAUCUCGUCGGAAACUUGAAAAUUUACAUUAACAAUCAUGUCAGAAAAUCCGUAGUAACCUCGUCCUCCAUUGAAGAAUUGAAAAAGUAUCAAAUAUUGUCCCCCAUAUGCAUUUCCACAAAGGAUGUAGAAUUAUUAUUUCAUUUAUGCAUGGAAUCAAAGUUUUUCCAAACAUGUGAAGAUGUUCCAAAGAUAAUCCUUGAAAAUCUUCAAGAAAUCCAGUCUUGGAAUAGAAAAAAUUAUCGAGAUGAAAAGUUCAUUAUCAUGAAUCAUAAGAUUCUGAAUUCAGAUGAAAUCAUGAAAAAUAUAGACGUCUUAGUUUCGAAUAAUAGUAACAAUAACAACCAUGAAAACAGACACACUUCUACUCAACGUACUUCACAAUUAUUGAAACAUGUAUUACUUUCUGUGGACUCUAUUGAGAGAAUUUGCUCUGAGCUUAAAUAUUUGGGAGAAGACGAUAUGCACACAUUUAUACAAUUACUAAACUUGAUUGAUUCUCAGGAACGAAAUGAUGGAUCCAUUGAAAGGUGUGUCAUUAGUUGUUAUAUUCAAGAACUCAAACAGGAAUUACAAUCGCACCCAGAAAAUCAACCCAUGGAGGAUCUCAUUAAGAGUGUCAUGAGAGAUGUGGAUUUUUGGGAAGAAAACAUUCAGCUCAUGAUAACUAAACACAAGAAAUUAUUGCGUAUUCUUCACAGCGUUGAACUUCAAGUGAAUGAACUGGAGAAGGAACGUAAAACAGCCGAUGACAUUUUUGACAAUAUUUCAGUCGGAGAGUUUAUCAAUGAAAUUGAUUCUAAACAAUUUGUGAAAGACUUUUCAAAAUCUGCCUUUUUAGAAGAUCAGAAAAAACUCAUCAAGAAUCAAUUUAUCUCUAAAAGAACAGAAAUCUUUAACAUGUUGAAAGAAGUCAAGAUUCCAGAACAUCAAUUGGAGCGCAUUGAAAAACUUUUACAAAAAACAAUCAUGUCAAAGAUUUAUCGGCAAAUGAUUCCCAGAAUUUUUGACAACGCAAACACCUCACAACGACAAUUAUUCAACAAGGAGGAUAAUUUGCUGAGUACAAAAAAUUCCCUCCUCUUCGACGUUGAACCUCUUGACUUUGGAAUUCCAUCAAAAUAUUCAAAAGUUUGUGACAGCAAAAUGGCACAAUUGGAAUUACGAAAAUUAGAUACUUUCAUCAUGCCAGAAGAAAAAGUUAAAGUCAUUGUACAUUGCUGUUCCAUUCUCAUUGAAACUAUGAAAAUGGCAGGAAAUUCUUACAAUAUUGAUGAUUUUUUAAUCUUGCUCGUGUAUAACAUUAUCCGCUCAAACACUCCUUAUUUGUAUUCACAUUUAAUUUAUUGCAAGAGAUUUUGUGGAGUCUUUUCCGAAUCAUCACCUUCUCACUAUUCCAAACAAGCUCACCAACAUCAACUACUGAGUGGCGUUCCUCCCGAACAUGAAUAUUGGUUCAAUCAAUUUGAAACAGCCGUUCAAUUUUUAUUAGAUUUUAAUGUGGAUGAAUCCUUAAUUACCACCAGCAUGAGCACCAACACGGUCACCACUACAACAUCUUCACCACAUCACUCAAAGAAAAGAGUAUCUUCCAAACCUACCAUUUCUUUGGCACGAGAUUCUCGAGAACGAACGAACACUUCGUCUCAUCAUGGAACGUCUGAACAACACUUGAAUACAUCUUCUAUUGGUUCUUCCAGAACAUUAUUUGAAAGUCCAACCCUUUCACAAAGUCAUGACACGAUUGAUGACAUGGUUGAGUAUUCAAACAAUACAACUACAGAGGUGGAUGAAACUAUUUUCAAGACCGAUGAAGUGAAUACAAGUCCAAUGGUAUUUGUGAAAGCAAAGAAAAAGUCGCAACACGAGAGUGGAAAAUUAUUGAACUCAUCGAAUCAUGAUGGAGAGGAUCCUGUUGGACAAUUUGAAAAUGCACAUCUUGAUGAUUUGAAAUAUUCUGAAAUUUCUAAAUUAUUGAAAGAGUACAAACAAUUACUCGUAUUUUACAAGAGUCAUCAUCGAGAUGAUAAUCAUGAACAAUAA